UGGUCCCGUCAUGUUAAUGACCGCUCUACCUCUUUUUGCUACCAAAUUAUCUGGAAUUUCUAUAAGAACUCAUCUAUGUUUGUGAACUGUGUGCCUCUUUUUGUUUCUCACACGUCUUGGCCCCUCAAUUUUCUUCUAAAGUUCUCACCAUAUUUUACUCCACAAUUCAAAUAUAUCAUCCAGAGUAUCUCUCUUUGUGCCCAGGAAAGCUGUCCACAGUUUUCAUACAAUUUGAUAGAGGGAAGGAGUGCUACAGAAGCUUGAAUCCCAAUGGCGGAGAUGGUCAGUUCUGUGGUUAUCCAGGAGUCAUUUAGCCAAAUACUAUCUGGCCUGGUUAAAAAAUAUGAGGACAAAGAGGAAAUAAAUGGAGUCAGAAACAUAGAGAGGCUAGAGAUGGCACACAUCAGGCUGGAAGCUGCUCUUGAGACUUCUAAUAAAUGGCAGAUUACUGAUACAUCCAUGUUGCGUUGGCAAAAGAAGCUGAAGCGUGCUGCACAAGAGUGUGAUGAGAAACUGCACAAAUGUAAGCAGAGAAUUCUCGAAGACGAACGUAUGGAACAGGAGGUAAGGAAUUCCUCCAUUUCUAGACGGAUUGAACAUGCCACCAAGUCAUUUGUUUCCUCCAUCUUUAACCGCAACAAUGAUGAGUUGAACCCAUCUGUUGUUAAACGAUUUGAGUGGUAUGCAGAUGGUGCUAGUGAAUUCCUGAGAUUCAUUGAGCUUGGCGGCACACCACUUUGUCACGUCAUGCCCUUUGGCUCCCUUAUCAAGAAUCUUUUUGCAGGCAAGGAACUUCACCAUAAAAUUGUUCGAGGAAGCCAACGGCCUUUGUGUCUACUAUGGUUGAUCCCCUUUAGUACUGCAGAGCAAGCAACAGAGGUUGUCCUAAUAUUUAUCAAGAAAGAUGGUACAACAGAGGGUAAUAUCUACUUUAGUAUGAUAAUGCAACUUUCAGAGAGUACAGAUAUAGUUGGGAUUGCAGUUAGGAGUUUGCAGUUGUUUGCCCCUCAUGUCAAAUUUAUAGUUGAAAAUAUUACCAACGAACUUACUCAACUACCUACUCAAGACUUCUCAUGGGUGCCAUUUGCUUAUUCAGACCACAGAGAACAUUUGUACAAUCUUCAGAACUUAGCAUCUCAAUGGUUUCGCCCGAACCCAUUAUGUUGCAAGCAGCAGCAACAGCAUGAGGUUCGACACUUCAGCAACCUAAACAUGGCAGGAUUAUCAGAUGUUCCGCUAGAACCAGUAAUUGAAUUUCACUUGCUGUGGCAGGUCUCACAUUCAGUUUACAGCAAGGGAAAGACAUCACUGUCUGAAGGCAUGAUGUGUCUGCAAAAUUCUCCAUAUCUGAAGGCUGGAAUUGCUUUUGCACCCCAUGGCUCUUCUGAAGACAUACUACCACUGAAUAGAAGUUCUGAAACAGUAGAGAUAGCUGGUGGUCAGCAACAUGUCUUGCAUACGGACAUCUCCUUGGAGCAACUGGAAGAGAUUAUGCUAUCAAAGGCCAUAGAUUACUUCUGCCACAAUGCUGAAGAGACAGUAUACCAAAUGAUUUGGAGGUCUAAACAUGGGGCUGCACGGAUUUAUGUUGAGAAGCCAAGCAUAAACACACGGAGAACAAGCAUGAGAGCACAGAGAACUUUUGGAGGGCCUUCAAAUAGAAAGCUGCUUCGAGGACAGGAUCAGAAGAUUGGUAACUUUCUAGGUGUGCUCACUCACUUCCUCGACUUAUGGGGUGCCCAUGUGCCGAUCCGGCUGCAAAGUUCUCUCAUGGACUGGAUGCAGAAAGAAAGGGCAAGAGGAGCGAAGCUACAAAUAACAUAAACAUCUUAAUUUUACAUUCUAUAUACUAGUCUUUAUUGUUUAUGUCUUUGUGAGGAAGUAGUGAAGUAUGUAUGUUCUACAUCAGGAACUUAGAGCAUCUCCAACAACUCCUUAAAAUUCACUUGGUAUAUCUUGAGUUAUAGCAACUUGGUAUUUUGUUUGGCAAGGAGAAAAAAGAUAUGUCUCCAAUAAAUUGGUAUUUUCACUUGGUAAAAUUGAAAAAAU